AUGUGCUUGUGCAACGAGAGCGGUGACAAGACGCAAAAUUGGUGGCAAAAGAUGAUGGUGAAGAUGGCAAAAACACUGUCUUCACAUUCGUCGUUUCCUCUGCAGCUCUUCCUCAUCUUAAUUGCCUUCCUCGUCGUCACACCCAUACACGGCUACAGAGUUCUGAGUCGGGAAUCAUUGCCAGGCUGCUAUCACAAUGGCACGCGAUACGGAGAGGGCUCGAUGGUGCCCACACUGGAACCCUGCCUCAGCUGCAAGUGCUCCAACCGCAUUCUCACCUGCGCUCUCAAGGUCUGCCCCGAGCAGCCCAUUCCGCCGCCCAGAGGAUGCGUCCUGGUGCAGCCGAAGAAGAGCUGCUGUCCCCACAUGUCCUGUCGCAGGCUGAACAGCAAGCCCCUCACGGAGAGUGACAGGCGAGUGAUCAACUUCCUCAACGAUUACGAGAGCGAGCAGAAGAUCAUCCUGGAGAAGUACGGAGACAUCCCAGACGGAAACUCCAACGCCUUGAGGCGAUCGGAAAGCACAGAAGAUGAGAAUGAUAAUAUUUGUAUCCAGAAUGGGACAAUUUACAUGUCAGGCUCCGCCAUGACGUCCUCCAGUCUCUGCUCCUACUGCUACUGCAUUGGAGGGAAGCAGAGAUGCGUGAAGCCCAAGUGCCUUCUUCCAGCCCUCGCCGACUGCACGCCUGUGUACAUCGAGUCCAACUGCUGCCCAGUGCGCUACGACUGCUCCGAGAGGAAAUCCCUGAAGACAGAACAGCCGCCUAUGAAGAAGAUCACCAACAAGCACUACAUGCGAAACGUGACAAUGAUGGCCAGAGGGUCAGGAUGUUUCGUAAAUGGAAUUCUUUACACUGAAGGUCAUCGGCUGCCCAAAGACCCCGAGAGUCCCUGUGAAGUGUGCUACUGUAUUCGUGGCAAGCGGAAAUGCACUCCUCAAAAGUGUACUCCUGAGAUCAGGAACUGCAUUCCGAUGAUCCCGAAGGGCCAGUGCUGUCCAUCAAGUUUCAAUUGCGACAGACCCGGAGAGAAGGGAAGGCAAUUUGACCUCUUCUCAAUCCUCUUCGGUGAGGAUGAUGUGAAUGCGACUGAAGUGGCAGCUGGUGAAGUCAUUGUGACUACAGAAAUGCCAGGAAUUGGAGCAUCCACGAGUGAGAAGAGCUUCUUUGACGUUCUGCGCGAAGGACUCGAUUUUGUGGAUGCGCAUGAGGAGAAAGUCAGUGUUCUAUUGAACACCAAUCAGACCAAGAGUAAGGUAAAUGGCACAAAUCCCGUGUUUGAGAUGCUGGAUAUUCAUCCGGAAUCCGAUACUUACUAUGACUAUGAAGUGGAUGAGGAGGUGAGUGUGAAAAAUAGCAGCUCGUCCAGCACUGCACGACCGAGUGAAACCACAACAGUUGCAACGACGACUGUUGAUAAUAAAAGUGAGAUUAGCAGAGUGGUUUCGACGACUGUUAGUGAUUUAGCUGAGAGUAGAGAAACGUCGACGAUUAGUGAGGAAUCCAGCACGAUGGGAGAUAUUGAAUCUCCCACAAGUACGAUGAUAUCUGAUACGACAGAUAUUGAGGUGCAAACCACAGAACUUGAGCAAAUCAUCACGACUACUAUUAGUGUGGAAGAUUCUCAAGUGGGUAUCAAUUCCACCACUAAUGGACCUCCGCAGGUCACGGACGCCACUGAGAGAAUUGAUGGAAUUACAGAAACAUCCACGAUAGCUUCAGAAUUGAGUACAGAGAGUGGAGAUGGUGAGACGACCACUGAUUCCGAAAUCACUUCUACCGUGGAACUGGAAAAGGCUGAUCUGAAAAAUGACGACGAAUCUCUGCUGCCAGACACCACUUCAUCCCCAUCAACCACCACUGAGAAUAUUCUAUCGGCUUUCAUCAAUGGCCUGGCGAGCAUCCUCGACAAAGACGCCAAUAAGACGAAAACCACUGCAAAUUUCACAACUGUGGCCUCGAUAGACAACUCAUCCACAACACCCACGCCGCCUUCACUGACUCCCAAGCCUGAUUCGCCACCAGUGAUGAUUGACUCCAAUCCUUCCAUCUUGGAGACGGACUAUCAUUAUGACUACAGCGAGCCCACUUUGCCUCCGAGUCUUCCAAAUCUCAAAAUAAUUCCGUUCCUACCGGCGGACGCUGUGAAGAAUAACAGGAAGAAAGUUGUCCCAGCCUAUGAGUACUUCCCAAAACACGAUCCCACUCUCUAUCCGCCCAUUGCUGUUGGGGAGAAGAGAAUCGACUAUGCGCCCACGUUUACGCAGGAAAACUUCAACUAUGAUCCAACAGCUUAUCCCUCCAUCACUGAAUCAUACGAAGGGAUCAAUUAUGACUAUUCCGAUGGAGAGAAACACUCAAUAGUCGGCUAUGGGAAUUAUGCAGGAGUUGUUCCUGUAUACAAGAACUCAGCCGCUGGAGAGUUUGAAGCAGAAACUCCAGUCUUCAAUUAUGAGCAGAUAAAGGGAUUCUCUCCCCCAAAGGAGACUGAGGGUGGUUUCCUCCCGAAGGAACCUAGUAAGGAAAAUUUCUACUAUGACGGUUUCCGAACGACUAAUUUUGUGGUGGAUCUUACAACGGAAGUUCCCCCGCCAAAGCCCAACAACAUUCUGCCUCCGGAUCCAUUUAAGAAUGUCAUCAGAACAGAACCGCCACCAGAUUUGCAUUCCCUGAUUGAGGACAAAGAGAAGCUGCUGCUCAACCGAGUUAUUAUCAAUGGCACAGUUCAGAAUGACUUUGACCGGGAAAUUAUCUCAAUUACCACCGAUGCUGUAACGGAUGACGAUGCAGCAGAUGAGAAGAGAAAUGUUACAGAGAAGAUUGUUGAGGAGAAGACGCUGGAAAAUGUGACGGAAGGAAGUGUUAAAAUGUCUACAACAGCCGCGCCCGGUGGAUUUUUCGAUGGAAUCUUUGGCUUCCUCUUCAAAGAUGACCCACCCGAGGUAGAGGAUGUGACAACACCCAAAAGUACAAGUCACUUCCAACUGCCAGAAAUCGACUUUGACUCCAUGAAGGUGCCAGAAUUUAAGAAUCUCUCAAAAGAAAUGGAAAUCCCAUCAAUUCUACUGAACAACACCACCACUGAAGUUAAAGAAAAGCCUCAGAAUGAAAAUGUUACAGUCAUUCGAGACAUUCUUAUUGAUCUUCUCGAUGAUGCUGUUGCGUUCAAUAAAACUGAGAGGAUUCCAACGACUUCUCCAGUUCCCACAAAGACACACAAUCGCCUCAGUGUGCCCUACUUGACGCCCCCGAUCUUCAAUCCCAUUCGAUCAGACUUGGACCUGCCACAACUGAACAACAACCCAGACAGUUACCAAAUCCUUCCCGAGGAUUCCAGCAUAUCCAACACGGAGUCCUACGUGGUAAAUCCCGUGGAUGAGGCACAGCUGGAUCAGCAUCAAACAGACACUCAGAUCUUCACGAAGCCCAUCAUCAGCAGCUCCCAGGAUCCCGCGGGAAUCCUAAAGCUCGCCGGCUGCAACAUCUACGGACGGAUGUAUCGCGUGGGGAGAAUAAUUUCGGAGCUGUCGUCGCCGUGCUUGGAGUGUAAGUGCACAGAAGUCGGCGUUCAUUGCACCCCACUUGAUUGCUAAGGGUUCCCUUUAAGCUUUAAGAACUUCCCAACUAACACCUCGGGUGGUUUCUAGGAAAUUUGAUCUAAAUUCUACAAGGCAGUUUAUUGCUCUGCCGAAUUUCACGUGAGUCGAUUAACGGCAUCUCUUAUCGCGUUAUCAAGAGACUGACCUACAUUUUGGAGGUCAAAACCGUCACAACAGAAGAUAACUUUUGAUGAUGUGAGAAGCACUGAUUUGAAAAUAAUUCCAUCGGCAGAUUGAAAUUGGGUUUCAGGAUCAAAUGUCUCGUGCAGGCUGUUCUAAAUAAAGCUCAAAUUGGGGAGAGAGCAAAUAUCUGGGAAUGUUUCAUCACUUUUCAAGGAUGA